GGAAUGUGCCAUUUUAGGGAUUCCUACUAUUUCUUUAGUCGAUACAAAUUGUGACCCGGAUCUCGCGAAUAUAUCGAUUCCAGCCAACGAUGACACUAUGACUUCAAUUCGAUUGAUUCUUAACAAAUUAGUAUUUUCAAUUUGUGAGGGCCGUUCUCUCUAUAUAAGAAAUCGUUGAUUAAGAAUAUAUAGUGAAUUCUUGGGCAACUGCGUAAAUUUAUGGAAUCACUUACUUUACUAUAUCUUUUUUUUUUGCAUAGAAUUUUUUUUGCAUAGAAAAAAGAAGGGGAAUAUUGAUAUAUAUUAGAGGGUAUUGAUAUAUAUUAUGAUCUGAUGUGCUUUCUUGGUAUCCUAAAUAUAAGAUUAAUACUUCAAGUUGCUGAGUUGAGAAAGAGAUGGUUGAAUCAAAAGAAUUCCUCUUUUGAAGUUCAAUUUUUAUCAGAGGACAAUAUGAAUAUUAUACCUUGUUCCAUUAAAACACUCAAGGGGUUAUACGAUAUAUCGGGUGUAGAAGUAGGCCAACACUUCUAUUGGCAAAUAGGAGGUUUCCAAAUUCAUGCCCAAGUACUCAUCACUUCUUGGGUCGUAAUUACUAUCUUGCUAGGUUCAGUUGUCAUAGCUGUUCGGAAUCCACAAACCAUCCCGACCGACGGUCAGAAUUUUUUUGAAUAUGUCCUUGAGUUUAUUCGAGACUUGAGCAAAACUCAGAUUGGAGAAGAAUAUGGUCCCUGGGUUCCCUUUAUUGGAACUAUGUUCCUUUUUAUUUUUGUUUCGAAUUGGUCGGGUGCUCUUUUACCUUGGAAAAUUAUAGAGUUACCCCAUGGGGAAUUAGCAGCGCCCACGAAUGAUAUAAAUACUACUGUUGCUUUAGCUUUACUCACGUCAGCGGCAUAUUUUUAUGCUGGUCUUAGCAAAAAAGGAUUGAGCUAUUUCGAGAAAUAUAUUAAACCAACUCCAAUCCUUUUACCAAUUAACAUCCUAGAAGAUUUCAUAUAUGAAAACGGGAUAGUUACCUUUCAGAAAAUUUGA